AUGAUCUCAUUGAUCCAUAACAGGACUCUGACACUCCAAGACGACCUAUUUGCGGAGAGCGCAGCUCUUACGUUGAUGAGUACAGACAUUGAUGGCAUUAUUGAGCAUCUGGAAAAUUUCAAUGAUGUGUGGGCUCGCACAAUUGAAGUGGCAAUUGGUACAUGGCUACUUGAAAGACAAAUGGGACCAACUUGCGUGGUUCCGUUAAUUCUAACUCUAGCAUGUCUAGGUGGUCAGAAGCUAGUGGCGAAGACAAUCGGAGAGAAUCAGCAAAAUUGGAAUCUUGAAAUCCAGAAGCGGAUUCAAAAUACAUCCUCCGUACUGGGCUCUAUCAAAGCUACUAAGAUUUCAGGACUUUCUGGCAAACUAUCUCAGGCCCUGCAGGGGCACCGCGAACGAGAACUAUCUGUAUCCCGCGCUUUCUUCAAGGGAAUCAUGUGGCUGAACGGUCUAGCAAGUGUGCCUCGGAUAUGGUCGCCUGUCAUUACCUUCAUUGUGUACGCUGUACAAGCAGAACUAAGGGCGGAUGACUCCCUCACCACCGUGAAAGCCUUCACUGCUUUGAGUAUCAUCACCCUCGUCACUACGCCCGCGGAACGAUUACUCGCUGUCUUGCCCCAGUUAGCGGCUGCUAUGGGAUGCUUCCAGCGGAUCCAUGAAUACAUGAUAUCCGAACCAGUGAAAGAUACCCGAAUUGACACCAAAAAUAUGCCGUUUACUUCAGACAAAACCGAGCCGGAUCUUGCCAUCGCCUUGGAUAGCGUGACUGUCUUGCCUUCACAAAAAGCUACAUGUACCGCCCUGACUGACGUGUCUUUCAAGGUCACCAGCGGUAGCCUGGUGGUUGUUAUUGGGCCUGUUGGCUCUGGUAAAACUACAUUGCUGAAAACCAUCCUCGGGGAGCUUAAUUGUCUGUCGGGUUCCGUGUUUAUCAAACCGAGCAAAGUGUCCUACUGCAGCCAGAAUCCAUGGUUACUCAAUACAACAAUUAAGAAAAGCAUCACUGGUAUCUCGGACCACGAGGUUGACGAGAAGUGGUACGAAACUGUCAUACAUGCAUGCUGCUUGGAUGAGGACAUUCGUCGCUGGCCGGACGGUGACCAAAGCGAGAUUGGAAGCAAGGGCCUUGCCCUUGCAGGGGGCCAAAAACAGAGAGUGGCCCUGGCUCGUUCGGUGUACAGUCGCCACGAUAUAGCCUUGCUCGACGACGUCAUGAGUGCGCUGGAUGCGCAAACGCAAGAAAUGAUCAUUCAACGACUUCUCUCUCAUGAUGGAAUAUUUCGCCAGCUGGGAACAACUGUGGUUCUGACCACCCAUAAUUCUCGACACCUUGGAAUCGCAGAUAGUGUAGUCUCGCUCACUUCAGAUGGUCGAGUUGACCUUCAAACAACAGGCAUUGAGGCUAUUCGCAAUCAAAAUUUCUGGCAGGCUAGAAAAUAUUCCGAUCCGCAAAUUCAGGAUGAUAAUAACAAGCCCAACGAUCAUUCAAGCAUAAUGGCUUCGAACUCUGACCCUAUUAACGACAUUGAAAAUAUGGAUCGAACUCGGCAGAUCGGAGACCUCUCGGUAUAUUAUUACUACGCACGAACAGUCGGCCCAGUUCUCUGCGCCUUGUUUCUUGUUGGGCAUGCCCUCUUAGCAUUUGCCGAGAACUUUCCUCAAGUGUGGUUGAGCAAAUGGACCACGGCAGGAGGCGGACAGCUUCCUCUCUAUGUAUCCGUCUAUGUGGUGUUGGCAUUGGCAGCAUCGGUUCUUACUAUCUGGUGCAUAUGGGUCGUCUUCCUUGAACUGAUGCCGAAGUCGGCCGUUCGUUUGCACUGGUUGCUCUUGGAUACGACUAUGCAGGCACCGCUGUCCUUCUUCUCCGGUACUGACAAUGGUGUGACACUGAAUCGCUUCAGUCAAGAUAUGACCCUGAUAGACCUGGCUCUUCCUAUUGCGCUGAUGUCUUCCGCCGAGGCGUUUUUUGGAUGCAUUGCCACCAUUGGACUGAUCGCCACGGGGUCAGCGUUCAUGGCGACGACAAUACCGGCCACACUGAUCGUGCUCUAUUUUUUGCAAAAGAUUUAUCUCAAGACGAGUCGCCAACUGCGAUAUCUCGAUUUGGAGUCUAGAAGCCCGUUGUACUCUCACUUUGCCGAGGUACUCGAAGGUCUGCCGACAAUUCGGGCCUUUGGUUGGCAAGACGCCUCAUCAAAAAUCCUGACUCGGCAUCUUGAUCAGUCUCAAACACCGUACUACAUGCUACUUUGCGCGCAGAGGUGGCUGAACCUGGUAUUGGACAUCGUGGUGAUGGCAUUGGCAACCAUUGUGGUAACACUAGCCGUCAUGCUGCGUAGCAGCACAAGUUCCAGUCUCCUCGGCGUCGCGUUGAACAAUAUCCUUGGGUUCAAUCAACUAUUGUCAUAUUUUAUCACAUCAUGGACUACUCUCGAGACCUCACUCGGAGCGAUAGCCCGUGUUAAGUCAUUUGUUGAGACAACGCCUUGUGAAAAUCAACCGGGUACAGCCGCAGAGCUGCCUACAUCAUGGCCCGAUAAGGGGGAGAUUGACAUACAGGAUCUUUCUCUCCGCUAUCCCGACGGAACCCUAGCUCUGGAUAACAUCUCCAUGCACAUAAGGCCUGGCGAAAAAAUCGGCAUCUGCGGCCGCACUGGCAGCGGGAAAAGCUCCCUCACGCUAGCCAUGUUACGCCUCGUAGACCUCUCGCAUGGCAGUAUCACAAUUGACCAGACUGACAUUUCCAGAAUCGCCCCCGGAUCAAUCCGCGAGAGGCUGAUAGCCGUGCCGCAGGACCCGUUCACGCUUUUGGGAACCAUCCGCUAUAACGCCGAUAUCAUGGGACUUUCCAGAGACUGCGAGAUUACAUCUGUGCUGAAGGAGAUUGGCGUCUGGGCGGCGAUUGAAAGCCGUGGAGGCCUGGACACACUCCUCGAAGACCAUCCACUGUCGCAAGGCGAGCAGCAACUCUUUUGUCUGGCACGGGCAAUUCUCAAAAGACAAACCAGUAAUGGUGGAUGCCAGGUGCUCAUUUUGGAUGAAGCCACGAGCAGCCUUGAUGCAGAAACAGACCAGCGAGUGCAGAAAGCCAUGAGAGACGCUUUCCAUGACUGUACUGUCUUCAGUGUCGCGCAUAGACUUGACACGAUCAUAGAUUUCGAUAGAAUUGCUGUGUUGGAUUCUGGAUGUCUUGUUGAGUUUGAUACUCCGCAAAAUCUUCUUGCCAGAGAUGGUUUAUUCAAGCAGAUGUACUCCGGUACAGAUAAACAAGAGCUUCAUCGCUAG